GAAGUAAAAAAGUCGAAUUCAAUAAAACUCUUUUGGAAUCAACAAGGCAAUAUUAUGGAAUCUGAGAUAAUUGAAGAAAAACCCAAUUGCUGUGGGAAGAAAGAAGUAAUGAUGGAGUUUGAAGGAAUAGGUUUUCGUCAUCUUCAUCUCUCCAAGCUGUCAACUGGCGAUGACGUACCUACUAGCAAACGCAAACAAAAACGUGGAGAUUAUGAAAAUUUUAAUUCAAGGUUGUUGAAAGAUAUCACAUCCAUAGAUAAAGAUGAUAGCGAAGAGAAAGAUGACGAAAGAUGA